AUGUCUACGUCAUUAAUUCUGUCUGAGGAAGACUUCAAGAGGUACCCUCACUUUCACAGGCCGGGACUCAACUUUGUGGACAUAAACCCGCUCUUCAAGGACCCGGAAAAGUAUGGCCAGGCGAUAGCUACGAUUGCGGACCAUUUGAGGGAAACUUUUGGUGAUACUAUCGAUAUUUUGGCUCUGCUUGGCUCCAAGGGUUUCGUGGUUGGAGCUUCACUCGCCCACAAGCUCAAUCUUCCGUUUAUGCUCUUGAGAAAGCGCGGAAAACUUCCAGGUUCUACCACCUCAGUAUCCUAUGCCUACAACUAUGGCAAGUCUGUUUUGGAAGGACAGGCAGAGACCAUUAAACCUGGUCAAAGGGUUGUCAUUGUGGAUGACGUCGUAGGCAGCGGAGGAUCAAUGGCUGCUGCAUGCGACUUGAUUAGAAAGAUGCAGGGAGAAAUUCUGGAAACCGUCUCCAUUAUUGAGCUGGCAAGUCUGAAUGGAAAGGAUAAAUUUGGUGGAGUUCCGCUAUUCAGCGUCGUACAACUCGGGAAACCAGAAUUGGAGCCGGGAGAAUAG